AGAAGUAUUCUCUCUUUCUCACUCACAGACACACACACACACGCAUUUCGUCAAUGGCGAGGAUGAACUCUGUGGAAGAGAUCUCCGAAGAAGUUUCUCGAAAGGACUUUCCUUCCAACUUCGUCUUCGGAGUCGCCACUUCGGCUUAUCAGGUUGAAGGUGCAAGUAAGGAGGGAAACAGGGGUGAUAGUAUUUGGGAUGUUUUUGCGCAUACAGAAGGGAAAAUCAAAGAUGGAAGCAACGGAGAUAUUGCGGUUGAUCAGUAUCAUCGUUAUAAGGAAGAUAUUGAUCUUAUGGCCAAGUUGGGAUUUGGUGCUUAUCGUUUUUCCAUAUCAUGGUCUCGUAUCUUCCCUGAUGGUUUGGGAACAAAAGUCAAUGAAGAAGGAAUUGCCUACUACAACAAUGUCAUUAAUGCUUUACUUGAAAAAGGCAUCCAGCCCUACAUAACAUUGUACCAUUGGGAUCUUCCUUCAAAUCUUCAUGAGUCAAUAGGAGGAUGGUUAAAUGAGAAAAUUGUAAAACUCUUCACAAGCUAUGCAGAAACUUGCUUUGUAAGUUUUGGAGACAGAGUAAAGCACUGGGUCACAUUAAAUGAGCCUCUUCAAACUGCUGUGAAUGGAUAUGGUGUUGGGAUAUUUGCUCCAGGAAGAUCUGAAAAUUCAUCAACUGAACCAUAUUUGGCUGCACACUACCAGCUCUUGGCUCAUGCUGCAGCUGUUUCUGUAUACCGAAAGAAAUUUAAGGCUCAGCAAGGUGGUGAAAUAGGCUUAGUGGUUGAUUGUGAAUGGGCAGAGGCUUUUUCAGAUAAAAUGGAAGAUAAAAUUGCUACAGCCAGGCGCCUUGAUUUUCAGAUUGGAUGGUUUCUGGAUCCAAUAUUCUAUGGAGACUAUCCUCAAGCAAUGCGUGAGAGACUAGGAGAUCGGCUUCCUAAGUUCUCAGAGGAAGAGAAGGAGAUGCUUAAGAACUCAGUUGACUUUGUGGGUCUUAAUCACUAUACAUCAAGAUAUAUAAUUCACGUCUCAAAGAACCUCGAACAUAAUGACUUCUACCAAGAUCAAGAGAUGCAAAGAAUAGCUGAAUGGGAAGAGGGCCAAGUAAUUGGUGAGAAGGCGGCAUCAGUGUGGCUUUACAUAGUCCCUUGGGGAAUCAAGAAACUACUUAAGUACGUAGCAGAGAGAUACCAGAAUCCUCCCAUUUAUGUCACUGAGAACGGCAUGGAUGAUGAAGCUGAUGUGACAUCUUCACUUCAUGAAAUGCUGGAUGAUAAAAUGAGAGUUGGUUAUUUUAAGGGAUACCUAGCUGCUGUUGCUCAAGCAAUCAGGUGCGUACCAUCAUAA